AUGGACAAAGAGGCUACUAAAUUUAGUCCGGAUAAUCCUGCUACAAACAAAUCUCUGCAUAGUUUCCUACAAUUCACAACCGUCCGCGUUCCAGUUUUGAGUUCCGUUGAUCCAGUUGCGCAAAGGGUUUCCAAAAAACGAAAGGCGAGUAUUAAGGAAGCUAAAAGAGAAAAAGAGGAAUUGCAACAAAAAUGGCGUGAUCUGAUUUUCGAGACCUACAGAAAGGUUGAUAAUGGUAAAUUUAAGGAAUUUCUACAAAAGCUUAUGCCACGUAUAGACAGGUCGGUACAAGAAGAAGAGGAUUCUGGGGGGACAGUGUCGAAGCGUGUACGAUCCGAUGAGCAACAUUAA